UGGGCCUCGGAGCCGGCCUGCGCCUCCCUCCGCGCCGGCGGGCCUCGGGGAGAGAGAGAGGGGUGGAAGAUGUCUAUGGAUGUGACCUUUCUUGGGACAGGAGCAGCAUAUCCAUCGCCGACCCGUGGCGCCUCUGCGGUGGUUCUUCGGUGUGAGGGCGAGUGCUGGCUCUUUGACUGUGGGGAAGGAACACAGACCCAACUUAUGAAAAGCCAGCUUAAAGCAGGGAGAAUUACCAAGAUCUUCAUCACACAUCUCCAUGGAGACCACUUCUUUGGCCUUCCAGGCCUCCUCUGUACCAUCAGCCUGCAGAGUGGCUCUGUGGUCGCCAGGCAGCCUAUUGAAAUCUACGGCCCAGUCGGGCUUCGGGACUUUAUCUGGAGAACCAUGGAGCUCUCUCACACGGAGUUGGUUUUUCCUUACGUCGUUCACGAGCUAGUUCCUACAGCUGACCAGUGUCCUGUAGAAGAACUGAGAGGAUUUGCACACAUGGAUGAAGCAGACAGCUCUCCCAAAGGACAAGGACGAACUAUCUUGCUAGAUGCAGAAGAAAACUCAUACUGUCUGGUUGAUGACGAGCAGUUUGUGGUAAAAGCAUUUCGCCUCUUUCAUAGAAUUCCAUCCUUUGGCUUUUCAGUGGUGGAAAAGAAGCGUGCUGGUAAACUCAACGCACAGAAGCUGAGAGACCUCGGUGUGCCACCAGGUCCUGCCUAUGGGAAGCUGAAAAACGGGAUUUCUGUUGUUUUGGAUAAUGGAGUUACAAUUUCUCCCCAAGACGUCUUAAAAAAGCCUAUGGUUGGAAGAAAAGUCUGCAUUCUGGGUGACUGUUCCGGGGUUGUGGGUGACGGGGGCGUGAAGCUGUGCUUUGAGGCUGACCUGCUGAUCCACGAGGCCACUCUGGAUGAUUCCCAGAUGGACAAAGCAAGGGAGCAUGGCCACAGCACGCCGCAGAUGGCAGCGGCGUUUGCAAAGCUGUGCCGUGCCAAGAGGCUAGUCCUCACUCACUUCAGUCAGCGCUACAAACCAACCGCCUUGGCUAGAGAAGGGGAGGCCGACGGCAUUGCGGAACUGAGAAAGCAAGCUGAGGCCGUGUUGGAGCUCCAAGAAGUGACUCUAGCAGAAGAUUUUAUGGUGAUUGGCAUUCCGAUCAAGAAAUGAAACCCAUGCUCCUGAAGGCAUGAAUGAGGACGUAUUACCAGACCUGCACCACAGAUGUGUGUUGUUGGUUGUGAGUGAUUUUUUUUUUUUUAUAAUUACUUUGGCCCUAAUAAUCCUAAAGAUGGAGCUGGAUUGCUGAGCUGACUCAGUAGUGAGAGGGAACAAGAUUUUAAAUAAUGAAUCAUUUUUAAAAGAUGAAAAAAUUUAAAUGAUUUAAAAUUUAAAUUUUAGAUGUUGAAAAGCCCUUCUUAAAGUGCAGGUGUGACAAAACAAUCCAUUGUGCAGGGGGACUUACUUUGUAGCUGUUGCUACAGAUAGAAUUCAGCACUCUGGGCAGUGUUAGACUUAGCUCUGCCAAGCUCAGGUGCCAUUGUUGGCAAAGUAUAUAAGACUGGGUCCUCUUGGCUAAAAAAAUGGGAGCAGAAUCUGCAUAGAGUUUGUGUUCCUGACACAAACGUAUGGGCAAUACAUGUGCAGUAUUGAUAACGUCGUGGUCCUUCACUGGAACAGUCAGUACAGGUUUGGACUAAGUUUUAUCUUAGCACUUUCGUCAACAUUCUGGUUUUUUUUAGCACAUGGUCCUGGGUAGUCUACUGAGAAUUAGAUACAAUAGGAUUGUUUUUCCUGUUGCAGUGACGGAGGAGAGAUGGUGACAGCACAGUAGAUUAGUCAGUGGGGGUCAGGAAUGCCAUAUAUGCUGCACAGUUUGCAUUAGUCCUGCAUAAAGAUUACCUCAAAGUUCUAGGCCUGUUCAGAGUCACAAAUUCCACCUUUUAUUCCCAAUGUGAGUAUGCGCUGCCAAAGUUAAUGGUGUAAUGGAUUAAUAGAUGAGUCAAAUCCUCCAAUAGGAGGCAAAGGCUGGGCAUGCUGGAAUUGGAUGCCGCAUCAGGUAGUAUUUGGAAACAUGAGCCAUCAAGUGAAUCUUAUAGAUGUGGAGAGAGUCAGUCACCCCCACUCCAGGGAGAGUCUGCUGUGGUGUGAGCUGGGUGGAGUUGAUAGAGAACUGCUGCCUCUGCUUCCAGAGACUAAGUUAGGAGGUCAGGGUGGCCCUGACGCUGUGUUGCCAAGCUGCCUGGGGGAUUCUCAAAGACAUGGAUACUGAACUAGCCUAGGAGAAAAAAUUGUCUUUUUUUUCUAUGUAUUUAAAUUGAGGGUAUAUAUAUUUUAUAGAUUCUUAUAUAUAUGUUUGUGUAUUACAUACUUUAUGCGUGGAUAUUUUUACAUGAAGGCUGCCCUCCCUCCACUAUUUUCCUAAAGCAAAAUAAAGAUAUUUUAUUGGACAAACAAAAGCUAGGAGUUUAUUAUCAGAAAAUCCUCUGUAAGAAAUUUCUGAGGCAUUAUUUUGGCACAAUAAAAAUAAUGUUGGAAGGUUGACAAACCAUAAAGGGGCAAAGAGAUGGGUGUUGAGAGACACUGACUACAGGGCCCACCGACAAGUCCAGACCCAGGCUCUCAUUAGCAUCAAAUAGUCUCUCAAAGUGUGAGACUUAAUGUAAUUUUAGAGUUGUAUCAUUUACUAAUGUCUUUAUCUUGGAGUACUGAGGUUGGUUUCUGUGAGUAGAAGGAAACUGACAAGAAGUCAAACUUCUUGUGUUCAGAUCUCUAUCUCCGAGGAGUUAGUUCUUUCUCGUUCUCUCAUGUUACAGAACAUCUUAGUUAGGCAUGGUGGCACAAGCCUGACACCUUGCCAUUUGCGAGGCUAAGGCAGGAAAAUAGGAGCCCGGGCUACAUAGUAGGACUUUAUCUUUUUAAAAAGACAGAAAAAAAUAAAUGUGACUUAUAACAUAUUUCAUCUUCAUUCACAUUCCCCACUGCCCAUAGGAAUGGCCUGCUUUAGUACUCUAUUGAAGACAUGACUUCAUCAACUUAAAAACCUAAGUCCUACCCUCUCUUUCACCUCUCCCUGUUUUUAACAAGGUCUUGCCGUGAAGCCCAAACUGGCCCGAAGCUUCAAGCACUCCCGCUCAGGAGCUGGGCUUAUAAACAUGUGUUUGUAAUCUGCCGUAGUGUUGUGAGUAUUUCUUCCCCAAGAAAAUUUUAUAGUUUUUAGACUGGGAGUGUAGCCUGGUGGGAGAGCACUGGCUUAGUUUUGGUCUGUGGUAUAAAAGGAAGGAUGAUUAUUGCCUCCUAGUACUAAUAUCCUUAUUAUGCCUUUAAGUUAAUACAGAUAAUCCAACUCUAUUGUUUCUCUGAAUAUUCUGAUAUCAGCUUGAAAUUUUGCUACUUUUUCUCUUUUUAAUGAAAUACGAAUCCUUCUCAAAUGUCUCCAUCCCAAAUGGACAUGAUGGUACUUUAUCUCACAAAGGUAUAUGUUUAUAGUGAAAUGUACUAGAUCUGUCUUUACUGACAGCUUUGAGGGCUAGCGAAAUGGAUAUUAAUAGGAAUAUUGACCCAUUUCUUCUUUUUUUCCUUUAAGAUUAGGAUCUCAUGUAGCCCAGGCUAGCCUUGAACUUGCUAUGUAGCCAAGGAUGACCUUGAAUUUGUGAUGCUUCUGCCUCCACCUCCAGAAUGCUGAGGUAACCAUCUUAUGUCACCAUGCUAAAUCUAUAUAGUACUGAGGAUGGAGCCCACACUAGGUUUACAUGGUGCUGAGGAUGGAGCCCACACUAGGUUUACGUGAAGCUGAGGAUGGAGCCCACACUAGGUUUACGUGGUGCUGAGGAUGGAGCCCACACUAGGUUUACGUGGAGCUGAGGAUGGAGCCCACACUAGGUUUACGUGGAGCUGAGGAUGGAGCCCACACUAGGUUUAUGUGGAGCUGAGGAUGGAGCCUAGGACUCUAUACCUGCCAAGGGUUCCCGAGCUCAAGUAUGUGGGGCUUUGGUUUGGUUUGGUUUUCUAGGGGACACUAAAAAGGAAGCACUGGCUGCACCUUUGAAUAUUCUUUCUUGACAGAGAAAAACUAAGUCUAAACUGAGAGAUAAUAGUAUGUAAUUCUUUUUUUUUCAGUGUGCACAAAUGAAAAACAACUAUUUAAGUACAUUGUGUUUUAAAAAGCAAGAGAAGUGGCUGGGAAUGUAGCUCAGGGGUAGGACAGUGGUUAGCCUGAGCAAGGUCUUGGGCUUGAUCCCCAGUGUCUCUACUUGACACCCCCCAUCCCUGACAGAAAAACAUGGGGGGAAGAGAGGGAACAUGAAUGGUUGAGAGUGGGUUCUGAUAAGAAUGUAUGAAAAUGUAAAGAUGAAACUUGUUCUGUACAGUUAAUACAUACUAAUAAUUUUUUUAAGUGGAGAAAGAAGCCUUGGGAGAAGGGACAAGAAGUGUGGGGAGACAAGGCAGGUUGCUGCUUCUGUGGUGGCUUUAUGAGUCACUAGUAUAGUACAAUGGAUGUUCUGACGAAGACUAUGUAUAUACUCAUUUAGUAUAGCAGUUACAUCUGAACACAUCCAUACAGAAUAACUCCUCUAGGUAACUGGUCAUCUCCACAUAGACACUCCAGGUAGCUGACAGUUCAGGUCUUUGUAAUAUUCCUGUUCAUCAUCUGUACUGUAGCCAGAAUGGGCUUUUUCCCAAGAUGUAAGGUUUUGCCAUCUCUCCCUGGCUUGAAACUUGGUAGUGGUCUGGCUUACUCACCUCUCCAACCUGAUCUUACUCCCCAGUGCUACGUAGGUUUGCAGCCCCAGCCUCGAGAUCUUCUGAUGUCACAGAGCCUUCCAGUGGCCUGCUUCCUUCUCCUGAAAUGGAAUUUGCCACUCCCCAAAUCAACCUAGUGAUUAACCUUACAUCUUAGCUUGGCUUUCAGGCUUCAUGGAAGUCUGCCUGACUGGCUCCUUCCUGCUAGGAAGUGUACUUUUCUCAGCCCCUCAACCCGUCUUCCUGACACUUGUCGGUCACAGCUUCAUUUUGCCUCUGAAUGUGAUGUUUCUCCACAGCAGCUCUGUAAGCCACACAAGAGCAGAGCCCUGUCUGCGUCUUUUCCCCUUUAUGACUGACUCAG